CCAUCACUAGAUUACAACAAUAAUUUAAAAUUGAUGAAUAUUGAGGAUAAUAAGGAACAACUACUUCAUAUUAAUAGAAAAUUAAUGGAAAGCCUGUUUGGAUUCUACUUGACUCUGAAGCUUUCUGAAAUUUUAUGGAUAAGAGAUUUGUUAAAUGCUAUUAACUUACCACCCAAGAGAAUAAACUUGUUACUAUUGAGCUUGUGA